GGUAUAAAUAAAGCCUCUAGCCGAGGGCCGCGCGUUUUCCAGCUUUGACUUGAGUUUGACUUGACCGUCCUGGAUAGAUAUAACCUAGUACUUCCCAGUAUGGACGGCUCGUAUCAUGUCUAUCUCUUCGGAGAUCAGACGGGUGAUUUCGAGGUCGGCCUUCGCCGUCUUUUACAGGCAAAGAACCAUACGGUUGUCUCGGCUUUCUUCCAAAGAAGCUAUCAUGCAUUGCGUCAGGAAAUUGCUAGUCUUCCUCCGGCUGAGCGCAGUAUGUUUCCUCGAUUCACCAGCAUUGUGGAUCUACUCGCACGGCACUGUGAGUCCCGAGGGAACUCGGCGAUGGAGAGCGCAUUGACUUGCAUCUACCAAUUGGGAUGCUUUAUCAACUACCAUGGUGACCUUGGUCAUGCCUACCCUUCAUCUUCAAAGAGUCACCUCAUUGGAUUAUGUACAGGGCUACUCAGUUGUGCUGCUGUCAGCUCUGCCACCAAUAUUGGAGAACUCAUUACCCCCGCUGUCGAGGCAGUUGUUGUGGCAUUCCGGCUCGGGCUGUGCGUCCUUCGAGUUCGAGGACUGGUUGACGGAGAGCAAGCAGCAUCGCUCAGCUGGUCCGCUUUAGUGUCAGGAAUCAAUGAAGCUGAAGGGACUGACAUGAUUGCUAAGUUCAGCAGCGAGAAGGCUAUUCCUCCUUCCUCUCGACCCUACAUCAGUGCAGUGUGUGCGAAUACGUUGACUAUCAGUGGACCACCACUUGUUCUUGACAAGUUUCUUGAUGCCUCCCUAUCAAAACAACACAAGGCUGUCAGAGCUCCCAUCCAUGGCCCGUAUCAUGCUGCUCAUAUGUACGAUGACCGAGAUGUUGAUAGGAUUCUUGACGCCUGCAAUCCAGACAUUGUAUGCAAGUACAAUCCUCAUAUUUCUAUAUUGUCAAGUCACACCGGAAAGCCUAUGGCAGUCGACACCAUGAAAGACUUUCUCCGCCUUGCGUUGGAGGAGAUUCUCCUACGUCAAAUGUGCUGGGACAAAGUCACAGACUCAUGCGUAUCCAUGCUGAGAUCAGUCGGCAAUCAUACAUCCAAGAGAGUGUUCCCCGUCUCUACUACAGCCACCCAGAGUUUGAUGAACUCUUUGAAGAAGGCUGGCCAAACCGAUAUAGAAGUGGACGGAAGCCUUGGUGACAUCUCUGCUGAGCCUCAAUGGCACAAUGCCACCGGGAAAGCAGAGCUUUCGAAGAUCGCUAUCAUCGGAAUGUCAGGGCGGUUCCCCGAAGCGGACAGCCCUCAGGAUUUUUGGAAUCUUCUGUACAAGGGCCUUGACGUACACCGAAAAGUCCCAAAAGAGCGCUGGGAUGCCGAUGCCCAUGUCGAUCUCACUGGUUCCGCAAAGAACACUAGCAAAGUUCCCUAUGGAUGCUGGAUCCGGGAGCCAGGCAUGUUCGACCCUCGGUUCUUCAACAUGUCACCCCGUGAGGCACUUCAAGCGGACCCCGCACAGCGCCUUGCACUGCUCACGGCAUAUGAAGCCCUAGAAGGGGCCGGUUUUGUUCCAGAUAGCACUCCUUCAACCCAAAGAGAUCGAGUUGGAAUAUUCUAUGGAAUGACAAGUGACGACUAUCGUGAAAUAAAUAGUGGUCAAGACAUCGACACCUACUUUAUCCCCGGUGGAAACCGCGCCUUUACGCCUGGCCGAAUCAACUAUUACUUCAAAUUCAGCGGUCCUAGUGUGAGUGUUGAUACAGCGUGUUCUUCUAGCUUGGCUGCUAUCCAUCUCGCGUGCAACUCGAUCUGGAGGAAUGAUUGUGAUGCUGCUAUUACCGGAGGUGUGAACAUCCUAACCAACCCAGACAACCAUGCUGGGCUCGACCGUGGCCAUUUCCUAUCGAGGACUGGGAAUUGCAACACCUUUGACGAUGGGGCCGAUGGAUACUGCAGAGCAGAUGGAGUCGGUACUAUCGUACUCAAGCGACUCGAAGAUGCUCAAGCAGAUAAUGAUCCCAUUCUAGGGAUUAUCAACGGCGCCUAUACCAACCAUUCGGCCGAGGCGGUUUCGAUAACCCGACCACACGUGGGAGCGCAAGCGUUCAUCUUCAAAAAGCUGCUAAAUGAAGCAAACGUCGACCCUAAAAGCAUCAGCUAUGUAGAGAUGCACGGGACUGGCACUCAGGCUGGCGAUGCUGUAGAAAUGCAGUCUGUUUUGGACGUCUUUGCACCGGACUAUAGACGAGGACCGGGUCAAUCACUCCAUCUGGGCUCAGCCAAAUCAAACAUUGGUCACGGUGAAUCAGCUUCCGGUGUGACUUCUCUCGUCAAGGUUCUGUUGAUGAUGAAGGAAAACAUGAUACCUCCCCAUUGUGGGAUCAAGACCAAAAUCAAUCAUAACUUCCCUACUGACUUGGCCCAACGAAACGUCCACAUCGCCCUUCAGCCCACGCCUUGGAAUCGCCCAGAAUCCGGAGAACGUCGAAUUUUCUUGAACAACUUCUCCGCUGCCGGUGGAAACACUGCUCUGCUGUUGGAAGACGCGCCUCUUUCAGGGUGUGACGAGCAGGAUACCCGACCUGUACACGUUGUCGCAGUAUCUGCACGGUCUCAGACUGCUCUCAAAAAUAAUACUGAGUCACUGAUCCAGUACAUCAAUGAACAACGAAGCGCUUUUGGAGUCAAGGAGAGCGGCAUUCUACCUAGUCUCGCGUACACCACCACAGCGCGUCGCAUUCACCACCCUUUCCGGAUCACAGCAACAGGAUCUAACCUGCAAGAGCUCUUGGACUCACUAAAUGCAAGCACUAAAAAAGAAGUUUUCGCAGUUUCUAGCAAGCCACCUGCUGUCGGAUUCCUUUUUACUGGCCAAGGGGCCCAAUACGCAGGAAUGGGCAAGCAGCUCUACCAAGGUUGCUCUCAAUUCCGGGACACGAUCCAGCAUCUUGACUGCAUUUGCCAGAGUCAGGAUCUUCCAUCUAUUAUUCCACUUGUUGAUGGCAGCGUACCUUUGGGCGAACUAAGUCCUGUGGUGGUGCAACUCGGAACCGCGUGCGUGCAAAUGGCCUUGACCAGCCUCUGGUCCUCUUUGGGUGUCAAGCCCUCAUUCGUCUUGGGCCACAGUCUUGGUGACUACGCUGCAUUGAAUGCCGCUGGUGUUCUCUCUCCCAGUGAUGCUAUUUACGCCUGUGGCCGCAGAGCCCAGCUUCUUACAAGCCAGUGCCAAGCUGGGACACAUGCCAUGUUAGCCAUCAAGGCUCCACUUCUUGCAGUCAAGCAAUUCCUCCGUGAGGAUGUGCAUGAUAUCGCUUGCAUUAACUCGCCUUCUGAGACUGUUAUCAGCGGUCCUAAGGCUUCCAUUGAUGAACUCAAUCAAGAAUGCUCAAGGCAAGGCCUGAAGUCCACGAUGUUGACGGUGCCAUAUGCCUUCCACUCCGCCCAGGUUGAUCCAAUCCUUGGAAGCUUGGAAGAAAUCAUGAAGGGCGUCACUUUCAAUAAGCCAUCAGUAGCAUUCGUCUCAGCUCUGCUUAGUGAUGUGAUUACCGAAACCAACUGCGAGAUCCUGACCGGGAAGUAUCUGUCGCGGCAUUGCCGGGAGACCGUCAACUUCUUGAGCGCAUUUGAAGCAAUCAGGAACGCCAAGUUGAGCAAUGACCAAACCAUGUGGUUGGAGAUUGGUCCGCAUACGAUCUGCUCAGGAAUGGUGAAAGCGACGCUUGGCCCACAAGCAAGCACAGUUGCAUCUCUCCGGCGCGAUGAGGACGCAUGGAAGAUCCUCGCAACUAGCCUUUCAACUCUUCAUCUCGCGGGAAUUGACAUCAACUGGAAGCAAUACCAUCAGGACUUCAACUCCAGUCAUCGUGUGCUUCCAUUACCCGCCUACAAGUGGGACCUGAAGAGCUAUUGGAUUCCUUACAGGAACAACUUCUGCCUGACGAAAGGUGACCCCGUGGCUACAACGGAGGCUCCGGCACAGACCACGUUCCUGACGACGUCCGCUCAAAAGGUUGUUGAGAGCAGCAGUGACGGAGCAUCCGCAACAGUUGUUGUGCAGAAUGACAUUGCCGACCCAGAGCUUAACCGAGUUAUCCAGGGCCACAAGGUCAACGGAGCCGCCCUUUGCCCCUCUUCCCUCUAUGCAGAUAUCGCCCAAACCCUGGCAGACUAUCUAAUUGAGAAAUACAAGCCCGAGUUCAAGGGUCUAGGCUUGGACGUCUGCAACAUGACAGUACCCAAGCCUCUCCUCGCAAAGACUGGCAAGGAGCUGUUCAGAGUAUCUGCAACUGCCAACUGGGCUAACCAAUCCGCAUCGGUGCGAGUAUGGUCGGUGACACCAGAGGGAAAGAAGAUCCUUGACCAUGCAUCCUGCGAGGUCAAGUUCUUUGACUGCGCUGCCUCUGAGAUGGAGUGGAGGCGUAGCUCUUACUUGAUCAAGCGGAGCAUUGAGCUACUUGAAGAGAAUGUCCUUAAGGGAGAUGCCCACCGUCUGAAGAGAGGGAUGGUCUACAAGCUCUUCAGCGCACUAGUCGACUAUGAUGAGAACUAUCAAUCGAUCCGGGAAGUGGUUCUCGACAGCGAGCAUCACGAGGCUACCGCGUGUGUCAAGUUCCAAGCACCACCGGCAAACUUCCACCGUAACCCGUACUGGAUCGACAGCUUUGGACACUUGUCCGGAUUUAUCAUGAACGCGAGCGAUGGGACGGAUUCCAAGAACCAGGUCUUUGUCAAUCACGGAUGGGAUUCCAUGCGAUGCCUGAAGAAGUUCUCACCCGAUGUCACAUAUCGCACGUACGUGAGGAUGCAGCCAUGGCGAGACUCGAUCUGGGCAGGCGAUGUCUACAUCUUUGAAGGAGAAGACAUUGUUGCUGUGUAUGGGGGUGUCAAGUUCCAAGCUCUGUCGCGCAAGAUUCUUGACACGGCUCUUCCGCCAGCAGGGGCUGCCAAGGCAAAGAGUGCACCACUACAGUCUUCAACCCCUCAGAAAAUAAAGCUUCCUACGAAUACAGUGGCUCGGCCCAACCCACCCGCUCCUACUAAAUCCUUCACCAAGAAGUCGGCAGGUCCCAGUGUGAUAGUGCGGGCACUUAGCAUUCUGGCCUCGGAAGUAGGCUUGUCAGAAGCGGACAUGUCGGAUGACAUGGUUUUCGCAGACUACGGCGUCGACUCAUUACUUUCUUUGACGGUCACCGGCAGAUACCGAGAGGAACUCAACCUGGACUUGGAAUCAUCUGUGUUUAUAGAUCAGCCGACAGUCCGUGACUUCAAACAAUUCGUGAUCCAGAUGAGCCCGUCAGAGUCAAGCGAUGGCUCCGCCAGUGAGCCUGAGACUGAGUUCUCGUUCAACGGUGACGUCUCGUCCGGAGCAUCAAGCCCGGCGUUCGCAGGCACGAUCUCGCCACCAAAUGAGAAGAUGAUCAUGCCCGUCCAAGAGAACAACACUAUGAAAGGAAUUCGGGCUAUCUUGGCGGAUGAGAUUGGUGUACCAGCCGAGGAAAUCAAGGCUGAUGAGAGUCUGAGUGAGAUGGGAAUGGACUCAUUGCUUUCCCUUACCGUCCUAGGCAGGAUUCGAGAGUCCUUGGAUCUGGACUUGCCGGGAGAAUUCUUCGUCGAGAAUCAGACCAUAGCACAGAUUGAAACUGCACUGGGCUUGAAGCCAAAGGCUGCACCGACCCCGGUUGCUGUACCACCUCCCAUUGCGUUGCCAGAGACGGUUCCAGCAAACAAUCUGAGCACACAGUCGGUGGCAAGUGGCAGCCAUCCGCAAGCGACAUCUAUCCUGCUACAAGGUAACCCAAGGACUGCUACCAAGACGCUCUUCCUCUUCCCCGAUGGUUCCGGUUCUGCAACGUCCUAUGCCACAAUUCCCGGUGUCUCUCCAGACGUCUGCAUCUACGGACUGAACUGCCCAUACAUGAAGACACCCGAGAAGCUCAACUGCAGCCUCGAUGAACUCACAAUCCCCUACCUCGCCGAAAUCCGCCGCCGCCAGCCCAAGGGCCCUUAUAACUUCGGCGGAUGGUCCGCAGGAGGCAUAUGUGCCUACGACGCCGCGCGAACCCUCAUCCUUCAAGAGAACGAAGAGGUAGACCGUCUCCUCCUCCUCGACUCGCCCUUCCCCAUCGGCCUCGAAAAGCUCCCAACGCGCCUCUACAACUUCUUCGAUAAAAUCGGCCUCUUCGGCGAGGGCAAAGCCGCCCCUCCAGCCUGGCUCCUUCCUCACUUCCUCGCCUUCAUCGACUCCCUCGACGCCUACAAGGCCGUCCCACUCCCCUUCAACGAAACGCAGUGGGCGAAGAAAAUGCCAAAGACGUACCUCAUUUGGGCCAAGGACGGCGUCUGCCCUAGUCCAUCCGACCCUUGGCCUGAGCCAGCCCCCGAUGGAAGCAAGGACCCCAAGGAGAUGGUGUGGCUCCUCAACAACAGGACGGAUCUCGGUCCGAACAAGUGGGAUUCCCUAGUUGGGCCGCAGAAUAUUGGUGGCAUUACUGUUCUGCAGGGGGCAAACCAUUUCACCAUGACCAGGGGCGAGAAGGCGAAGGAGCUCGCUUCCUUCAUGGCGGAUGCUCUGGGUGCCUAGUCUGUGUGUGUUGGUUCAGAAAGGAAAGGUAAUUUGCAGUGUCACAAUAUUUUUUUCUGACUGAUCUACCACGCGUAUGUUGCUUUUCCUAUCACUUACUCUCCUUGAUAGCAUGGCUGUUGUUUUUUCAAUCUCUAUUUGUGUACUAAUCAUAUUUGUACCAAUAAUCGCAAACCAACUAUAUAGCUCUCAAAAGACAUUCCAUUUAUAAAAGCGUUUAUCGUUCCGAUAUCUUAUUGCUGGGCAGCAGAAUCAUGAAAACCCCUAAUAUUUGUUUGCCUCGGGCAUUUGGCUAGUCUUCUGUAGCAAAGCAGUGCGAUAGAUACCACCCCCCUGCCACUCACGUCAACAAGCGCUAUAUCAAAAGCACCAAGCUUGAGUCAAGGACACAGUUGCAUCACUAGACCCACCAUGAUGGUUCCUACCGUCCGGAUGCUACUAUAA